AAAGUGAAAUUCAAACAAGACUUUGGAGCUUCAAAGAGAAACCAAACUUUCUUUUAUCAGAAAUGUCUAGGCCAGGUUUCAGAGGCCCACAGGAUCAGAAGAAGGAACAUUGAAAGGCUCACUGGGUCGACCAGCACUUGAGCAUCAUGACGGAGCAGGGGGUUGGAGCCAACGCUGUGCCUGGUGUUAUGGCACCAGGAAAUGUGUACAUGAUCCAGGCCAGGAAUCCUGUGGCUCCUGGGAGCAAGGUGCAGCCUGUGGGCAUGGCCACUUACUUAACAUCCAGAGUGACCGAGAGUGAUGCAGGAAGAGCGAACUUACAGACGCCACGCGUGGUGAUCCAGAAUCCAGCUGGAGUGAAUGCCACACAGGGUCCGCCCACUGUGCUUCAGCAUCCGGCAGCAGUGGCCAGUUUGCAGACCCCACCUGGGCAAAUCCAGUACUCACUGGGAACCACAGACCUCCAGACCCUGCCUGGGGGCCCUCAGAAUCCCCCCACAUUUACUCCUGGGCUGAUGUAUACCUCCAACCAGUCCCAAUGGAACAUGCCAUUUGAAUCGUUUUUUACGUUCGAUCCCAAGAAAUUCAUAAAGGAGGAGGUCAGGACACUGGGGGCGAUCCAGAUCCUCAUUGGCCUGACUCACAUCUUCACUGCCAUCAAUCCUUCACUGUAUGAGGGAAAUUCUCGUUCCUUUUCCGCGAUGUCAGGGUACCUGAUCUGGGGAGGAAUAUUCUUUAUCAUCUCUGGCUCGCUCUCAGUGGAGGCUGAAAAGAACCACAGUUCUUGCAUGGUUCACGGCAGCAUCGGCAUGAAUGUGGUCAGCGCUGUCAUUUCCCUGGCUGGGGUCUUGCUUCUCAUCAUGGAUCUGUGCUUUACCCUGCCGGUGAGCAUCCAGACUACCAGCACCCCAGGCUUCCGAAAGACUGGGGAG